CCUGCGCCGCCGCCGUGCGUCUUUCGCGUCGCCUCUUUCUCUCCCCUCCCCCAAGAUGGCGGCGGCCAACAGCAGCGAGGCGGUUUGUGGCGACGGCCCCGCGGGCCUCAAGAGGGCUCACCUGGGGAUUCCCGAGGCGGUCUUCGUCGAAGAUGUCGAUUCUUUCAUGAAGCAGCCAGGAAACGAGACAGCAGACAUCGUGCUCAAGAAACUGGAUGAGCAGUAUCAGAAAUAUAAAUUUAUGGAGCUUAACCUUGCCCAGAAGAAAAGAAGGUUAAAAAAUCAAAUCCCUGAAAUUAAGCAGACAUUAGAAAUCUUAAAGCACAUGCAGAAGAAAAAGGAGUCCACAAACCCAAUGGAAACCAGAUUUUUAUUGGCAGAUAACCUCUACUGUAAAGCAUCAGUUCCUCCUACAGAUAAAGUGUGCCUCUGGUUGGGGGCCAAUGUAAUGCUGGAGUAUGAUAUCGAUGAAGCCCAGGCCCUGCUGGAAAAGAAUCUCUCCACAGCUACAAGGAACCUGGAAUCCCUAGAAGAAGACCUGGAUUUUCUUAGAGAUCAGUUCACUACCACAGAAGUCAAUAUGGCCAGAGUUUAUAAUUGGGAUGUAAAGAGAAGGAACAAGGAUGACCCAUCCAAAAGCAAAGCAUAGUUUCCCCGACUUUAGACGUGGUUCUGGUUUUCAAAAAAUAUUUUCUUAUUUUAAGCAGACCUUUAAGUUCAACCUUUGAUGGACUGAGUUUAGUUUAAUCUCAUCAGUCGGUAACAUAAAAAAAACAAAUCUUAAAACGCUGGUGAGCAAAGCACCCUUUUAUUUAUUGGCAAGCCCAGUUUGGUUCCAUGCAUGCUUCCUGACAUCACAGCGGGCUUUGCAAAUUGGCCCCAGAGGGACCUGCCGUCGCAGUCACGGGGCAAUCUAAUGUGAGGUGCAUUCAUGACAUUUGAGGCCAGGACAUUC